AACCCAGAGUUCGCACGCUGUCGGCCAAAAGAACAUUCACUUGACAACUUCCGGCACAGCAGUAACAUGUGAGAAAACGUGCUGUACAACCGUAGAUCUGUUUGUGUUUACAGUUACUUAGCUUAAAGGAUCGCCAAUGCGAUCGCGAGUGAUGUGAAAUACCUUACGGUUUUUGUUAUAAUCUUAACCCGACAGUGUGGUUAUUACAUAAAGUUUUUUCUGGAUGUAAAGUAGGCGAGUAAGUGCUAAACAUGCCUGCAGUGACUUUAUUUGUCAGUAAAUUACCUGCAACUGCCACCGGUGAACAUCUGGGAGAAAUAUUUUCAGAAAUAGGACCAUUAAAAAACAGUUUUGUUGUCAAAGAAAAAGGGUCUGAAAAAUGUCGUGGGAUCGGGUAUGUUACAUUCUCCAUGGAAGAAGAUGGAAAACGGGCUAUGAAAGAAGUCAAAGAGUAUGACGGACAGAAGAUAGUCAUAGUGGAAGCCAGAAAAAAGCCUAAUGAGAAGAAAAGAAGAAAAGCAAAAAUAAACAAAGAUUCAGUCGAUACAGAGAGUCCUAAACAACCUACAGAGAGUCCUAAACAACCUACAGAGAGUCCUAAACAACCUACAGAAAGUCCUAAACAACCUACAGAGAGUCCUAAACAACCGACAGAGAGUCCUAAACAACCGACAGAAAGUCCUAAAAAAACUGCAGAACGUCCUAAACAACCAACAGAGAAUCAACAAAAGUCUCAAGGCCUGAGGAAGUCAAAACUCAAAAGCAGACUGAUCAUCAGAAAUCUUAGUUUCAAAUGUACAGAAGAUGAUUUGAAAAAGGUCUUCUCUGAGUUUGGUGUAGUUCAUGAAGCAAAGAUUGCUUUAAAACCAGAUGGGAAGAUGCGAGGUUUUGCGUUCGUGCAGUUUCAGAACAUGCCUCAAGCCGCAAAAGCCCUUGCAGCAAUGAACCUGAAGGAGAUUAAAGGCAGGCCUGUAGCUGUGGACUGGGCCAUUCCAAAGGACAAGUACGUUGCCACACAAUCAGGAUCAAAGGAAGAAGUAAAGGUAAAAUCUGAGGACAAAGGCGGUGAUGGAGAACAAGGUGCCAAGAACAAGUCUAUAUCACAUCAGAAGGCCUUCAAAUCUAAAUCAGAAGAAGAAUCUGAGGAUGAUGAUGAUGAGGAUGAUGAUGAUGAUGAUGAUGACGAUGAAGACAAAAAUGGCAGUGGUGAAGAAGAUGAGGGGGAAAAUGAUGAAAGUGAUUCUGAAGCGAGUGAUGAAGACGACGAUGAUGAUGACGAUGACGAUGAUGACGAUGAUGAUGACGAUGAUGCUGAGGACAGUGAGGAAGAAAGCGAUGCUCCUCCAAAGAAGAAGGUUUCUCUUCCUUCAGAUGUGAACGAGGGAAAAACCAUUUUCAUCAGAAACCUGUCCUUCGACACCGAAGAGGAGGAAUUAGAGAAAGUUUUGCUGCGGUACGGAGAGAUGAAGUAUGUUCGGAUAGUGAUGCAUGCCAACACCGGACACUCGAAAGGUUGUGCCUUUGCUCAGUUUAAGUCUAAAGAAGCAGCAGAGAAAUGUAUGGCUGCUGCUCAGAAUGACAAUGAGUCUGGUGGCAUAAGACUCGAUGGCAGGAAGUUGAUCAUCACGGCUGCCGUGACCAGAGAAGAUGCCGCCAAAUUCAAAGACAAGAAGAUAAAAACUCACACGGGCGCCAGGAACCUCUAUCUCUCUAGAGAGGGCUUGAUUCGUCCUGGAACGAAGGCUGCAGAGGAAGUUUCAGAAACUGACAUGGCAAAGAGAACAAGGUUCCAGGAGCUAAAAAGGCAAAAGUUAAAAGACAUUAACGUGUACGUGUCUAAAACACGGCUGUGUGUUCACAACCUACCUAAAAGCGUCCAACAACCCAAACUCCGCAAGAUCUGCCUUACAGCCGCGGGGGAUAAAAGAGCCCGCAUCACUGAGUGUCGUGUGAUGUAUGACAAGAAACCUAUUCGAGGUAAGGUGAUGGGUCAGUCUCUAGGAUACGGUUUUGUAGAGUUCAAAGAGCACGAACACGCCCUCCAAGUCCUACGUCACCUCAACAACAACCCUGACAUUUUUGGACCCCAAAAGAGACCAAUAGUUGAGUUCUCUUUGGAAGACAGCAGAAAACUAAAACUCAAAGCCGCGCGUCUACAAAACAGCAAGAGGAAUUUAAAAAAAGACAAUCACCAAGAAGGAGGGAAGCCACAACACAGUCCAGGAAAGAAGAAUAAUGAUCCUGCACCAAAAGGAAUUAUGGGUAAUGUAGUCAAACAGGAGAAGGCCCAGGGCAGUCUACACAAUGUAGGGAAACAGGAGAAGCCCCAGGGCAGCCUGUACAAAGGCUUCAUGACCAAACCAGAAAUCGAGCACGUCGAACUCCAGGAUGGCAAAAAACGACAGAAAGUUCUCCACAUGCCUUCACACAGAGGUCCAAAGAUCAGGAAACGGGAUAAAGGAAAACAGCCUGUGCAACCCCCAAAACCGAAGAAGGGCCCAAGCAGGAAAGAUAAAAAAAUGUCCACCUUUAUUGAGAAACCGAACCAGAACAAGAAACAGAAUGCCAAACCUGCAAAAAGAAAGUUUCAGAACAGAGAAGAUGUGCGCUUUGACAGUUUGGUGGAGCGAUACAAAAAGAAACUUAUUGGGAACUCAAGUGCUAAGGCUGUGGUUAAAAAGGGUAAAUGGUUUAGCUGAGAGAGAAAGAGAGAGAACGAGUGUGUGCGAGAGAGAGAGAGAGAUUGAGAUUGUGUAAAACCUCUUGAAGGAGGACUUCAGUCAAUAUUUUGGCUCAGUUAAGUUUUUAGGAUUUGAAGUGUCAUUCUUGUCAGUUUCUUAACAUUUGAUAUUGUUUGUCAUCAAAAUAAUAUUUCUGUCAGCAAACUCAAAUAUUUAACACUGUGUUGUGUUGCUUAUGUGCUUUCAUGAAUUACAGAUGUUAUAUUGUAUUAAAAGAGAUUCAUUUCA